AUGGCUGAUGCUGGGGGCAUAUUCAGCGAUUGCUUCAUCGCAUUCGUUCCCAGCAACCAGCUGGCUCCGAAGCUGAUCAGCAGUCUCUCGACUAUUCUAACAGAGAAUGGAGCUACAACGGUCGAAUAUCGACGCGAUGGAUCCAUACCCAUUGACCGAGUCACGCACAUCGUCUCCAACACGAUUGAUUUUCCGCAGUAUAUCGACUCGCAGGCAUACAUGAUUCCGGUUGUGAAUACGCACUGGAUCACCAUUUCAAUAUCUCGGCGCAAGCAAGCUCAAGUGCGGCCGUUUUCGCCUGAUCCCCGCAUGAUCUUCUCCGAGGUCGUUGUUACGUGCGCAGACCUGCCCCAGAUGGACAAAGAGAGCAUAUUGGGAGCGACCAUGGCGCUGGGCGGGCAGGAAUCAAAAGAUGUAGGCAGGCUGACCACACACGUAUGCGCUCUGUCCAUGAGCCAUCCCAAGAUUGUGAUUGCGCUGGAGAAAGGCUGGAAGGGCAAGGUAGUUUUGCCGCACUGGUUCGAUGAUUGCUUCAAGCUGGGAAAGAGGAUCGACGAGGGACCAUACCUUCUUCCUGACCCCGAAAUUCUGAAAAAAGGCCCCGAUGAAGAGCUCGACAUUCCGUCAAACAACAACUUGGUUGGCGCGUCAUCAGCAAACCCCGAGUUUAUAUCUUUGUCCGACGGAAACUCGGGUCGACCGCCCGUUACUGUCUUCCAGGACAAGCUGAUCUUGCUCGGCGCAGAUCUAAAGAUAACCCCCCGUCUCGAGAACGCCCUAAAAGAUAUCAUCGUUUACGGUGGCGGUCGGUUGGUGCAGGAUGUGGACGAGUGCAAUACUCUCAUUUGCCAGUACCGAGAUGGCGAGCAGUACGUACGAGCAUCUCAGGCUUGCAAAGAAGUUGGUAACUUGUCCUGGCUCUAUUUCCUCAUUGUUCACAACGACUGGACAUCACCCCUACGUCGAUUGCUUCAUUACCCCAUCCCUAGAAAUGGCAUCCCGGGUUUCAAGGACCUGCGCAUCACCGUAUCCAAUUACGGCGGCGAGGCCCGCAUCUACCUCGAGAAUCUCAUCAAAGCUUGCGGCGCCGAAUUCACCAAGACUAUGAAAGCGGACAACACCCAUCUUAUUACAGCUCGCAACUCUAGUGAGAAGUGCAAAGCUGCUCCUGAGUGGGGUAUCACGGUGGUCAAUCACCUCUGGGUUGAAGAAAGCUACGCCAAGUGCGAAAUUCAGCUGGUUAAUAUUAAAAAGUACAACCAUUUCCCUCCCCGGACAAAUCUGGGCGAAAUCAUUGGUCAGACCUCUUUCAAUGAGUCUCGGCUGAGAGAUUUGUUCUACCCCGGAGGCGAGGAAACCAUGUCCCCGAGGGCAAAGAGAAAGAGAAAGAUUCUCGAGGCCGCUGAAGACAAUGCGUACUCGCAUGGUCCUGCGGAGGGCGUGGUGAUCGGCGAGGUCGCGCAUGGAGGGGACUCAGAUACCAUGCAGGAAGACAACAGCGAGGAGGAUAGCAUUCCAUCAGCUGCUGCUGCAAAGAAGGGCCGGCGUACUGCGCAGUUAGUUACUCCAGUAAGGCCGCGGCCUGGCAAAGAAAACGAGACGCCCGUUGUCAUGUCCACCGGUGGACGUAGUGCCAAAGCAAAAGCCAUGAACAUGCUCUCAUCAAUCGCACCGGAUAUUGCGCUCUACGAAAAGGAGAAGAAGAGGAAUGCCAAACCAGGAACUCCCUUUGGUGGCAAACGAGCCGCGGAGCUGGUAGAAAAAGAGAAGGCUGAGAGCGCAAAAAAACCAACAAGCAAUAAAGACGGUGAAGAUGAAGAAGACCGCCCGGCCAAGAAGUCACGGCCAUCUCUACCUGGUAUCGAAAUGCGCAUUAUCCUAACAGGGUUUACGAGAUGGGUGGGCAACCAGAAUAAAGAAGAUCAAGAUCGGAGAAAACUCCGCGAUCUUGGUAUUCAGAUUGUCCAAGAGGGUCAGCCCUGUGACUAUCUAGCCGCGCCGCACGUCGUAAGGACGGUCAAAUUCCUGUGUGCCCUGGCUCGCGGCCCCACGGUCAUAUCCUCUACCUUUAUCGAGAAGACUCUCGAGACCGGUAAGCUUCAGGAUGUGGACGACUUUAUCCUCAAAGAUACCGAAGCCGAAUCCAAGUACGACAUUGAUCUCGAGAGGUCCGUCAGCAGGGCCAAGGCUCACCGCGGCAAGCUCCUCCGAAGUAUUCCCAUCUACUGCACUGACAAAAUCAAGAACGGACCUGAGAGCUAUCGCGCUAUAGCAGAAGCCAACGGCGCCAUCUUCAUGAUUUAUCGGGCACGCAGUGGAUCGAACAUUAAGCCAACCACCGCAGAGCAAGACAACUUUGCGCCCCCCGAGCCAGUCUAUCUUCUUAGCGGUACCACCGCAGAGGAGAAGCAGUUGUGGCAACGCUUCAAGGACAUGGCAGAAAGGGGCCAUAUGGAGCCGCGGGUGGUAUCGCCAGACUGGCUUCUCGACGUGGCGAUGGCACAGCAAGUGCGAUUUGACAAGAAGUUUCUACUGGAAGCAGAAUAGAAGACCGAUGCUACGUGGAGGAAAAGAUGACAUCUUCUGAUGAUGCACGUAUAUGACGGAGUUUUGGGAGGGCGGAUUGCGGAACCAUGGUCGGUGUUGGCGGACAAUUAUUAAUAGGCUUGCUGGGGGAGGGAGUAUGUCCGGCUGCGGUUUGCAGCAUGUUACUUAGUGCCUCUUGUAGGUUGGCAAUCCCCUACUUUAGAAGAAUUUGACGCCGAGGGAGUCUUCGGAGCCGAAGAUUUGGGCUUUGCCCCGUUUGACCAAGAUGUUCAACGCCUUCAUG